AUGUGGUCUACAGCUAGUAUACUAUCGUUGAUGGUGCUUUGCUUUGGUGUUCCCGAGGCUAAGAGUGAGGUUUCGAAGCAGUUAGUUUGUGAACGAUCAACAUGUGUGUUUCGCGAUCUUCACUUCAACACCCCCGAAGAGAUGGACGAUUUGGUGAUACUAUACUUCAGCAUUUACUACACUACUCUACGCAUCGAGAACUCUACCGUUCCAACCAUCGCCCGAGCUUUCGUGACUAAAGAUGUUGAUGUACUAAAAAUCACCAAGUCCGGUUUGUACGACAUACUGCCAAACACAUUUCGAGACGCUGCCGAACUGACCCAGCUUCAUCUCGACGCCAAUCGAUUGCAGAAGCUCUACAAUCGAAUUUUCGUCGGUUCGAGUAAAUUGACCGAGAUCAAGAUCACCAAUAAUCAAAUCAAAACAGUCGAAGGGAAUGCUUUUGAGGGUUUGAAGGAACUAAACCUGCUUGAUUUGACCGGAAACCAGAUAUCUACACUUUCGAGAGACAUUUUCGCGGAAGUAGGAAAGCUUACUACGCUAACGCUCAACGACAACCUGCUGCAGCAGCUGGAUGGUGGAGUGUUUGCUGAUUUGAAGCAGCUUGAGGAACUCAGCUUGGAAAACAAUUUCAUCCGCACGCUAGCUAAUAAUUCGUUCGAAGGACUCAACAAUCUUAAUCGGUUACUUCUGAAAAACAAUCGGCUUGAAACCAUCGAUGCGCGAGCCUUCGCACCGCUUGCCAAUCUCACCGUUUUGGAUUUAAGUGGAAACAACAUCAAGACAAUCACGAGAGAUCUUUUCCACCCACUUCCCAAACUCGACAUCCUACACUUAUACGACAACUAUAUCAAACAGUUGGAAGAUAAUGUGUUCGAGAAAAACACUGCCUUAGAAAUACUCAACCUGUACAACAACCUUCUUGAGGAACUCAAACCAGAUUUGCUCACCAGGUUGGCGCAACUGAAAUACUUCUCUGCCUCGGAAAAUCUUCUGCGGACGAUCGACGUGAAUCUGUUCCGGCACAAUACUAAAAUGGAAAACCUGUGGCUCGGUAGUAACUUGCUGGAGAGCAUUCAACCGGGCACAUUUGAUUCUCUACGUCAGCUGGAGCUGCUUCACCUUGACAAUAACCAGCUUACUUCCCUAAAUGGUGGUUUAUUCAUCAAUUUGAACGCGCUCAAUGAGCUUAAUAUGAACAAAAAUCGAAUUCAGGAGCUUAAAGCUGGCGUACUGAAAGGUGCAUCGAACCUUAAGAAGAUAUUCUUCAGCAGUAACAUGAUAAACUUAAUUGAAGAACAUUUUCUGAAUGAAUCCGUUCAGCUCGUCCAAUUCUCAAUCGAUGAUAAUUUCGUGAAAAAUGUACCAAUCGGGUUGUUCCGGAAGCAGACAAUGUUAUCGCAAAUCGUCCUGUCCAACAAUGUGGUACAGCGUCUGGAACCGGGCACGUUCGAGGGGCUACCAAAUGUCAAACAUGUGUUUCUGGCUGGAAACCUGCUGGAGCGAAUUGAUGCUACUGUUUUUAACAUAAGCACUUUGGAGGCGUUGGUUCUUAAACACAAUAACCUACGCGUAGUAUCGGAGUCUGCGUUUUCAGAGUUACCAAGUCUCACCGAACUGCACCUGAACGAGAACUUUUUCGACCAAAUUCCAAACGCCAUCAACAAGGUGAACAAUCUAACUUUGCUUGAUUUUACACAAAAUCGUAUCGUAAAGCUCGAACAAGGUCAGUUUAGUCAGAUGAAGAAGCUAGGAAGCUUGGGUUUGUACAACAAUGAGAUUCAAUCGAUCGAGGAUGGUUCCUUCCGUGGACUCGAUGCUUUGGUGUGGUUAAAUGUUGGUAAAAAUCCAAUUUCCAAGCUACCAGCUGGUUUGUUCGCUGAUGUGACCACUCUGCAGACCCUCUAUAUGGAAGAAACGAACUUUUCGGCAUCGAACGACGCAUAUUUCCAGCCAUUGAAAGCCCUUGAAGACAUUUCCUUGAGUGAUAAUAUUCUAUCGAUAAUUGGAAUCGAUUUCUUGUCGGGACUGUCCAGCCUUAAAGAGAUUUCCCUGAUAAAUACAACAGGAGUAUUCGACGGAAGCCAUUUCAAAUCGCUGCCAAGUUUGGAAACUUUUUAUUUGAGAAAUAGCAGCACAACCACCAUCAGUGAAGACUUCUUUGCUGGAAAACGGAAUCUAAAAUUCAUUGAUUUGGCAGAUAGUCCUUUGACUUCGAUUAGCUCUAAGGCAUUCAGUGGUCUUAAGAACCUGACAGAGCUCUACAUCGGCCCAUACAGUGGAGAGCUGAAGGACAUCGUCUCAAACAAUACGCAGUUGGAAAUACUAGAUCUCAAGGAAGUGAACUUUACCACCCUCUCCGAUUAUUUCUUCACAGCGACCAGAAAGCUUCAGUCGCUAUCGAUCACAAACAAUCCCAAUCUGUCGCAAUUGAAAUCAACGUGGUUCAAACACUUGCAUUACCUGACUGUUUUGGAUUUAACAAACAACAACAUUUCGCAUAUUAAACCAGAAAUCUUCGAAAGUAUCCCGAUGCUAACCGAACUGUACUUGGAAGGUAAUCCAUUGAAAAAGUUAGAUAAAGGAAUGUUCCAACGUAUACAAGCGGUAAAAAUAUUGGCAUUAACUAAUACAACGCUUUCGGAACUGUCAGUCGGCACAUUCGAUGGGUUGUUUAAGCUCGACGAGUUGCAUCUGGACUCUAAUUACUUGCCUAACCUGGCAAACGGAACAUUCCGUCAGUUGCAUUCUCUAUCCUUCCUGGAUCUUAGCAACAAUUCGAUCAACCAGCUGGAUCCGUUCCUGUUCGCCGAUACUCCGCGUCUGAAAAAGAUAAAUCUGGCUCAUAAUAACUUAUCAAGCCUUGACGAUCGUCUUUUUGCUCAUCAGCUGGCGCUUAAAGAGCUAAUUCUCUCCAACAAUUUCUUCGUCACCUUUAACCUGCCUCAAAUGGGUUUUGCUCAAACGUUGACAAAACUGUUUAUUGAUUCGAACAUGCUCACGGCACUGAAGAUAACGCCACACCUGGAAGAGCUGAAGGCCGACAAUAAUCACAUAACGACGAUCGAGGUAGUCAACUCGCCUUACUACAAGCUAACAACGCUGUCGGUACAGAACAACAAUUUUGAAAGCAUUUCGCCGGCAUAUCCGUUCUACAACCUGCAAGAACUUUCAGUCGCCCAAAACGCCAUCCCGGGAAUUCAUCUGCCGACGAUCGUCAGCAGAUUUCCUAGGUUGGAAUCGCUGAAUGUUUCCCUGUCGGGUGUAGCAACGCUUGGAUCUGCAAGUGAAGUGAAGCAAACUCGUCUAAAGGUGUUGGACCUAUCGAACAAUACACUCACCGCAGAAGAGCUUGAGAAAGUGAAGAACCUACCGACUCUGGACAACUUCAACAUCGGAGGAAAUCAAUUCGACAGUUUUGCGGCCGAUGUGGUGCUGAACAAUCUUCCUAGGCUGAGAACUCUUGACCUGAGCGACUCCGAGUUGAGCUGCGAUUUUACCAAGUACAUCGAAGAGAUAGCGAAGAAACUUCACUUUACAGUGGAAACAUUCUCUGGCUCAGCAAAGUGCGAAGAGGAAGAAAUAGAGUAA